AUGUCGUCGAACUCGUUCCGGCGUUCUCCUAGGAUUGGCAUUCCUUGGCCCAAGCCAUUCAUUCAAGAACCCGUCGAUGAUCUGGAAAGCGAGCCGAAAAAGACCACAACAUCGUGGUAUGGACUCGGCAUCUUUGCGCUGUCUAUUGCUGGGCUUGCCACUCAAGCGGUUGUGGCGUUAAGGUUGCCAUGGGCGAGAAUUAUCGCCCUGUUGUGGGCGGCGGCCGCUGCCCAUAUUGCAAUUUGGCGACCGAGGACGGCGUCCAUACUACUGUUCAUCGACUUCAUCGGCAUUGCCGCCGCUGAAUUGAGCUUGAUUGCUUCCGAAUUCUCCGAAAAUCUGCACAGCCAAAGUGCGAUUCUCUCGGUUUCGAGUGCAAUUCUAGCGGCUGUCGCUCUCAUCGCUGUGGUGAACAUGCCUCUUCGUGAUCCGUCAUGGAGUCGGGAGGAGAUCAGCCGUCUCUUUUCAACCCCCACCAAUAAGUUGCGUUCACCCGAAGAUAGGAUGACAUUACUCCAAUGGAUGACGGUGUCUUGGUUGAGUCCUUUGAUCAGGAUCGGCAACGAGAGGCAACUUCAUGAUGAAGACGUUUGGUUGCUUGCUUAUGAAUUUCAGCACCGACACCUCCACGACAGGUUCCGAGAACUGAAGGGAACAGUUGUGAGGCGUCUCAUAGUGGCCAACUGGAUCGACUUGGCCAUUCUCACCAUGUUAGCCAUCUUAGAAUUGGCGGCGAAUUACUCGGCUCCAGUCAUCUUGCAGCAAUUGCUGCAGGCCAUGGAGACCAUCCAGUUCGACAAACAACCCGCGAUCACCUUUGCGGUGUUGAUCCUCCUCACGAGACUAAUUGCCGCGCAGAGCGCCGUUUUCAGUCUUUGGUUCGGGAGACGAUGUUAUGAACGAUCACGAGGAGAGAUGAUUACCAUGUUAUAUGAAAAGACCCUCAACCGAAAGAUUCUCGGUGGUCUCCCUCAGGAGGCUAAUCAGAAGGCCAACCACCCUGAACAAGAUUCGUGUGCCUCGUCCCGCACGGGAGAGGCUGAUGCGCUGCUAGAAGCAGAGCAGGCUCUCCAAGGGCAGACCAAUUCAACCGACAACUUAACGAAACGAGCUCAAAAAUUGAUGCACAUGGCCACAUCAUUUUUUGGGUCCAAAAAGAAGUCUGAUGCGGAGAAGAAGCCGCCGGCGGCGAUGGGGAAAAUUCUCAAUCUCAUGCGCAAUGACGUCUAUGAGGUUGCUCAGCGCUUCUGGGAAUUUCAGACUCUUAUCAACAAACCGCUCGGUCUAAUUCUGUCCAUCGUUUUGAUCUGGCGAAUGCUUGGAUGGUCCUGCUUGAUCGGUGUCGCCGUGGUCAUCAUUGCUCAGAUCGUCAACUACAUUCUUGCACGCGUACUCAUCCGCUGGGAGAAGGAACGUCGCAAGGCUACAGAUACCAAGCUACAAAAGAUUAGCUCCUACAUCGAAGCCAUCAGACAUUUGAGAUGGUAUGGAUGGCAGUUCGCAUGGCUUGACGGAGUCAUGUCAGCUCGACAAAAGGAACUCAAUUUGAAAGUCGUCACGUUUCUCUGGAAUUCUGCGAUCAAAUUCGUCAAUUCCAUCGCGAGUGGGAUGCUUCCAGUGGCCACUUUCUAUGCCUUUACGGUUCUUGCCGGACACCAGUUACGCAUUGACAUCGCGUUCCCGGCUUUGCAACUGUUCGCACUCUUGCAAAGCAACUUUCGCGAGCUUCCCAACUUAAUCACCGUCUUGCUCAAUGCCUCCGUGGCCGUCGAUCGUAUCUCCGACUUUAUGGCAGAACCUGAUAAAAUCGAAGAAUCGGAAAUCCACGCGUCCCCAGAUGACCGAGUGGAAUUGCGUAAUGCGACCUUCUCAUGGCCCGGUCUUUCCGAGACCACAUUACACCACCUGAAUCUCACAUUUUCUCGAGGCUUGACCGUGGUCUACGGCCCUGUGGCAGCGGGGAAGACAGCACUGCUACAGGCACUCCUUGGGGAACUGGAUCUUUGCGACGGCCAAUUGCUGAAGCCACAAGCCCCAAUCGCCUACUGUGGCCAAACCCCUUGGCUGCAAAGCAUGAGCAUUCGGGACAACAUUCUUUUCAAUUCACCUUACGAGCACGGACGAUAUAAAAAGACCUUAGACGCUUGUGCUCUUCUCCCUGAUUUGGCGAACUUCAAGCAUGGCGACCUCUCCAAUAUUGGAGAGAAUGGCAUCGGCUUGUCUGGCGGUCAGAAGUCAAGAGUUGCUCUGGCCCGCGCCGUAUACAGCCGUGCCCAAAUUCUCGUGCUCGACGAUCCAUUAAGUGCUCUGGACCAACAGACGGCGGAGUGGAUCGUCACCAAGUGUUUGUGUGGCAAUCUGUUGGAAGGCCGUACGGUGGUGCUCGCUACACAUCGAAUCGAUGUUUGUCAACACGUCGCCUCGCAGCUUAUCGAAAUGACACAUGGCACCGUGAUCUUGCAUCGGAACGAUGAAAAUCUGAACAAUCCAGACCCCAUGAACACGGGAGAGGCCAACCAGGAAGAUGCCUCCCAGGAAUAUGAGACAGAUAUUGAUGAGUCAGUUGCAGUUCCCGACAAGUUCAUUGAAGACGAACACCGAGCCCAUGGUGGAGUCCGGUUUCUUGUCUACUGGGAGUAUGUCAAGGCUGGCACGUUGAAAGGGUGGUGCAUGGUCGUUUUAACGGCGGCUUUAUGUCGAGCCACCUACGUGGGUGAGAGUUGGUUCUUGAAGGAAUGGGGCGAAGCCUACAACCGAACCAAAAGACAAAUCCUGACACUACAGAAAUUCGACGUCGACCUUCAUCUACUCCAAAGUCCAAUCCCAGGCCUGUUUGAUCGAUUUCCGGAUCCUUCGGUCAAUGUGAAACCCUGGUUACUUGGGUUUUGGGUCAUCGUGGCCUGCGAGACGCUGGGUUUGAUUCUCUCGGACAUGUCCAUGCUUGUUGUCACAUAUUGGGCGGCGCGCCGGAUGUUCAGAGACAUCAUGGAACGAAUUAGUAACACGACAUUCCGCUUCUACGACGUGACGCCAAUGGGUAGACUGCUGAACCGUCUGACCUCCGACACGGGGACCAUCGACGGCAAUAUUGCCGAUCAGCUUUUGACUGUGAUCUGGUACGGGGUGGCGUGGAUCUCCUCGAUAAUUGUGAUCGCCAGCGUCACUCCUCUAUUUCUGGCGUUUGCCAUUGCUUUGACUCUGGCGUUUUGGAUCAUCUUCCUCCGCUUUUUACCAGCAUCCCAAAGUUUACGACGUCUUGAAAUGGUGUCCCUGAGCCCACUGAUGUCGAACUUUGGAGCGUUGGUCAAUGGUUUGAUGACGGUCAGAGCGUUUCGAGCACAAGCCGCGUUUCAAGAAAGCAAUAUUCGAGACACAGAUGCUUUUCAGAAGAUGGACCAUUUCUACUGGAGUCUACAAGCCUGGCUGAUGUAUAGAUUCGACACCCUUUCAGGUGUAUCAACAUUUCUGUUGACUCUGCUUGCCAUAUUUUCAAAUUUGUCGGCCGGUCUGACUGGCUUUGUGCUCAUCGCGGCCAGUAAGUUUGUCCAGUCGACCCACUCUAUUUGCAAAGGAUACGGUCAGCUACAACUCAACUUUGUGUCCGUGGAACGAGUGGUUGAGCUGGUCCAUCUCGAGCAAGAACCUGUGGGUUCUAUUCAACCACCAGCUGCUUGGCCGACGUACGGAGGUGAUGUUGUAUUUGAGAAUGUCACCAUCCGCUACCAACCUCAUCUCGCCCCUGCACUUGCAGAUGUUUCGGUUCGAUUCCCGGGUGGAAGCACGAAUGCCAUCACCGGAAGAACAGGCUCGGGCAAAUCUACCAUGGCACUGGCUUUGCUGGCCACAAUUACUCCUGAAUCUGGAAGAAUACUUAUUGACGGUAUCGACAUCGCCCAAGUCGACAAACAGGCGUUGAGAACACGAAUCACAUUUCUUGCUCAGGAACCCGUUCUCUUUCCAGGAUCAUUGCGACACAAUCUUGACCCGUUGGAGGAACACUCCGAUUCUGCUUGUGAAUCGGUGUUGUCAAGAGUAUGUGGCAAGUAUGGAUGGACACUAAAAACACACAUUGACAACGGAGGUCGCAAUCUCAGUCAAGGUCAGCGACAACUCGUCGGGCUCGCCCGAGCCAUCCUGAGAAGAAGUUCAGUCGUUAUCAUGGACGAGGCCACAGCGAGCAUUGACAUUGACUCUUCUUUAGAGAUCCAGCGGGUUUUGAGGGAGGAAUUGCAAGAGAGCACGAUCAUUACGAUUGCUCAUCGAGCAGCUGCGGUGGAGAAUGCCGACUUCUGCGUGAAUUUGUCUGCUGGUCGUGUUGUGAGUCAAGGAAAACCUGGCGAAAUAGGGGCAUACAAUGACUAG